CACAAAUACGAAUAGAUAGGCAAUCACAAUCUUCGAGAGUACUUACUGGUUCAGUCGCUGACAGUCCGCGAAUUUCAAUCCGCACCAUGGAGGCAGUUCUGCACGAGAGUACUUUUGUUGGGCAAUCUAAAGAUGCCGCCGUUGUCAAAUCGAACGGUGUCAACGGGGAUUCAGUGAAUUAUUCCGUAAAAGUGAACCCCGAAAAGACUUUUAUUAGUGGCGAUGGUACUAAUGGGAAAAUGUGCCAAAAUACGGUGGACUUGGAGUUUCAAAAUAUUAGUUUUCGUGCGACGCAAGGGAAUAUAUUUAGCAAAAGGACUACAAAAGAAAUUUUGCAUCAAGUCGGAGGGCGUUUCCAACCCGGUCAGCUAAUAGCCAUAAUGGGGCCAUCGGGGGCAGGAAAAAGUACAUUAUUGGACGUUUUGAGUGGGUAUAGGAUACGUGGCGUAUCAGGUUCAGUAUACGUUAAUGGAAUGCCAAGAAGUUUAAAAGAAUUCAGAAAAACCUCAUGUUAUAUUACACAAGAUGAUCGUCUGCAGCCUCUACUCACCGUGAGCGAGAAUAUGUGGGUAGCAGCAGAUUUGAAACUACCCUCGAGUGUCAGUAAAAGUAACAAACAAACUAUUAUUAACAAUAUUCUAAAAACACUAAAACUUGAAGAUACAAAAAAAAGUGAGAGCAGCUGGUCUUUCCGGUGGACAGAAAAAGAGGUUGUCAAUAGCUUUAGAGUUAGUAAAUAAUCCAAUGGUCAUGUUCUUGGAUGAACCAACCACGGGAUUGGAUAGUUCUUCUUGUACAACAUGUAUAACACUACUUAAGAAACUAACUAUGCAAGGAAAAACAAUAAUAUGUACUAUUCACCAGCCUUCAGCUUCUUUAUUUGCAAUGUUUGAUCAGGUGUACGUAGUAGGAAAUGGAUAUUGUCUGUAUCAAGGUGCUACGACUAACCUAGUUCCAUUUUUGCAAGACUGUGGAUUUCCCUGUCCGCAAUAUCAUAAUCCUGCUGACUACGUAAUAGAACUAGCAUGCAUUGAACAUGGACCUGAAAAACCUGAGUAUAUGAGAGAUAGAAAUCAGAAUGGACAAUCUUACCAAUAUUUUAAUGAGCCUGAGAAGAUGAGAAGCACCAUUUCUAACUACCCAGGUCCCAAAAGUAUUAAACCAGUUUCUAACAAAGAUGAUUCCUCGUUUCCUACAUCACAACUACACCAAUUAGGAGUUCUAAUGAGACGGGGAUUUAUUAAAGCCUACAGAGAUAAGAUGCUUACCUAUCUUCGUAUUGGAACAAACAUACUAGUUGGAUUGAUGUUGGGUAGUCUCUAUUGGAAAGCUGGAAGUGACGGAUCUAAAGUUUUGGAUAAUUUUAAUUUGUUGUUUGCGAUAUUAUUGCACCAUAUGAUGUCCACAAUGAUGUUAACCAUUUUGACAUUUCCCCAAGAAAUGUCGAUUUUAAUAAAAGAACACUUCAACCGCUGGUAUUCAUUAAAAAUGUAUUACACAUCGGUAACCAUAGUGGAUAUUCCUGUUUCUGUUAUUGGCUGCUUCCUAUUUUCAGUCAUAAUAUACUAUAUGACAGAUCAACCAAACGAUAAAGCCAGAUUCUUGAUAUUCUUCGCCACUUGCAUGUUGGUAGUUCUAGUAGCUCAAGGAGUUGGUCUAACUAUUGGUGCAUAUUUUGAUGUUGUGAACGGAACUUUUGUUGGACCAACCCUAAUGGUACCCAUGAUGAUGUUCUCCGGUUUUGGCGUCCGUCUGUGUGAUCUGCCGACCAUAAUGUACUACGGCAGUUUUACUUCUUACCUAAGGUACGGCUUGGAAGGAGUAGUCCAAGCGGUAUACGGAAUGGACAGGGGUAUUCUCCAAUGUCCCGAAGACAAAUUUUGCUUCUACAAGUAUCCGAAGACCUUCCUGGAAAUUGUGGAUGUCAGGUCGGAUCAGUUCGAUAAUGAUAUGAUUGCUUUACUGCUUUUCUUGUUUGUUUUGAGAAUUUCGGCGUACGUAGUGCUGAGGUACAAACUAGCAUCUGUACGAUAGGGCCUGUUUAUGUUUUAAUAACUUUUAUUAGUAGUAAGUGAUUGAAGCCUUGGUUUUGGUAAAAAGUGUUGCUAGGAGGGCAUUUAUUUUCACAUGCCACUACAAAAAUUGUAUAUAUAAAUAUAUAUAUAUAUAUAUAAUAUAUAUAUAUAAUAUGGGUGGAAAUAUUUUUUAAUUUUUACUCUAAAAGAAUUUCCUUUACUUAAAAAAUGUAUCACAUCAUCGCUCAAACAUCAUUGUUGUCUAAAAAUCAUGAACUCUCAUAUAAUUUUGGUAGUAGUGCAGUUAAAAGCUAAAUAAGAAAUACGAUUUCAUACUUACGUUGAGAUAUUAUCAGUUAUGGUAUUAUAUGGUAAAAGUUGAACAAAAGCUUCCUAGAACUAUAAAAGAAUAUCUUUUCUAUUCGCUCUCCAUAUCAGUUUAAAAGAAUGUUACAGAAGUAUGAAGAGUAUGUCAUAUAAAUUUCCAACAAAAAUCUAGUCAUUUUAAGCAAUUAGGUAAAUAUAUGUUUUGGCAUUUCUCUGAUUUUCGAUUGUUGUUAUGGUUAGUUGUAAUUCUCACUGCCUUGUGUAUAAAACAUAGCUUAUAACAUUUUUUAUAAGAAGUUACCAUACGACAAAAGACAGGCUACGUCUGUAGAUAUUUUUUAUAGUGCCUAAUACUUUUAACAAUUAUUAUCCUUUUAAGAUAGGUUGUCUUGCGCUAAACAGUGUCAAGUCUUUAUUCUUAAAUAUACGAAUAAUAUGUUUCAAUUAAGUAAUUUUUUAAACCUUGCUGUGAUAUUUUAUUACCAAUUUCUUGUUCAUAUAGCAUCAUGAUACUAAAAGUAGAAAUGCGCUUGGCUAUUUAUUAUUUAAUAUUAAAUAUAUUCUUUUGUCACUAACAAUUGACGUUAGUGCCACUAGUAAAAUCACCACGAAACGUACACAUAUACACUCAGGUGCAAAAAAAUCGAUCCAUGGGUAUUAUUUGCUGAAAAAAGAAAACGUUUGAAGAUAUUAGUUUUAAAUUAGGUAUAUAUGUAAAAGUAUACGUUAGAUUAAAAUAAUUUUUACAGAUGAUCCAAAAAAAUCAUUUAUUUAUAGACAUACGCCAAAACUCAAAACUACAAGAAUAUUGAAAACUUUCUGAAAUUUAGAAAAACAUUGAUAAUAAAUCAAUAUCUAGUGAUUCGCCCUCGGGUCCUUAUAACAUCCUGUACACGUCUAGGCAUUGAAGUAAUUAAUCUCUGGAUAUCAAAUUGAUCCAAUUGGUCCCAUAUUUCUUGAAGAGCCGCUCUAAGUUCAUCCAAGUUGUUUGGACGGAGUACUCGUGCUCGAAGACGUCUUCCCAUCAUAUCCCAUAGAUGUUCUAUGGGAUUGAGAUCGGGACUGCAAGCUGGCCAGUUCAUACGGACAAUUUCCUACCUCCCUAUAUAUUAUAAUAAAUCCGUAAAAAUGAAAUUAGGUCCAAUGAAAGGAGCAAAAGGUACCUCACGCUGAUCUAAAAUACCUGUUAUGUAUCGUGCAGCAGUCGUAGAACCUCUAUCUACAAUAACUAGAUCAGUAUGGGCUUCUGAACUGAUACCAGCCCAAACUAUAACGGAGCAACCCGAUAACUUAUUCUUUCCUCAAUAUUACAUUGAAAAUAUAGCGAUAUUUUCCGUGCCUUCUCCAAACCCUUUCUCGGUCGUCUGGUGACCUUAAACAAAAUCUGUACUCAUCUGAGAACAAUACAUUGCUCCAAUCUGCAUCCCUCCAGCUUUCAUGUUCUCUUGCAAAAGCAAGGCGACCUCUGCGAUGUUCUAUGGAUAGUAUUGGAGAUAGGGCUAGCCUUCUGGGUAAUAAAUUACCUUCUACAAGUCGUCGACGAACUGUCUAUCUGCUUACAUCCACAUUUCUCACUUCGCUCAGACGAUUUGCCAGUUCAACUGAAGUUAGAUGCCGAUUUCUCAAACAUGAUGAGACCAGAACUCGAUUCUCUUUCGGAUGUUACCCUUCUACGACCUGACCCUGGCCUUCUUGUAAAGUUACCGCCCUUGCAGCAUCUGUCGGAUUUAGAGACAUUUAGGAAGGAUAAUUAAAUAAAAAUAUAACACGUUUUGAAAAUAAAAUCACUACACUAGUAUGGUUGUUGAAUUAAAAACAACAUUCAAUAAAUAUCUACUUGCUUCAGACUCUUUUUGACAAAAACCUGAAAUACCAAUUUGUUUUAAGAAAUUUAAAAAGCAGUAAUAAAAAUAUUAUUUUAUUUCUUAUACUAGGGGACAUAUACUAAAUUUAUAUACGUAAUUUAAUCUCUCUAAAAUUAUACAACUUCAAAUAAAUAAGAAAUAAGGAAUGGAUCGAUUUUUUUCACCUGAGUGUAUUUCACCAUUUACCUAGAUCAUGAUGAUUCAUCAUCGAUAUAAUAUAAUCAAGAUGGAACCUAUGGACAUACUUGCGUCCAAAGUAGCAAGUAACAAUGGUCGAUCUUGUUUCUGGAAUGUCAGUGUAUGAAAAUAAUUCUUUUAGUACAUAUGUACAAUAAUUAUUUAGUUUCGUUGUUAUUUACAUUUGAAUAAAAUAUAUAAUCACGUGUUAUAUUGUAAAAUUAAAAAAUUAUUAUUUUUAUAAGAUAAACAACAUAUAAAACAACUAUAAUUUACAAGUAGGUACGUGUUGCGCAUCGCACGCCACUGAUUUAAUAAAAAAUAAUAAAAAUUUAAGGAAUUUAUUCACCAAAAAUAAUACAUACAUUCAGUUAUUAACUUAAACACAUAAUGUUACCUGCAACCAACAUUAAAAUAUCGGGAAAUAAUUAAUCACCUGUCAAAUUCACGUCAGACAUUAUAGCAUCAAUGUGACGUCAGUACCGUCGUCUAUCAGCUACACGUAAAAAUAUCAAUAGGCUCUAUUCUUAGUAUAUUAUAUCAAUGUAGUUCAUUUCUUAUUAAUAUUAUAAAUAGAGCAAUAUAAGUAAACACAAUUGCCUAUAUUAAGUUAAAUAAAAAAUAUGUUAUAUAUUUAUUCGGUAUGUCUGUUUAGAGACGCAAGUCUUAGUAAUUACGUGUAAAAAAACAAGUAAGUAGGUAUAAAUAGUUUUAAGAUUCGUUUUGUACUAUAUAUAAGUAGACUUAGGCAAUGGAUUGUUAUAUAUUUAUGUUUAAAGAAAUAUAAGCUGUUUGACUAUAUAUAUAUAUAUAUAUAUAUAUAUAUAUAUAUAUAUAUAUAU